UAAGAAAAAAAAAAUUUCAAAAAGAAAUGAAAAUCUAAAGGAGAGAGAAAUAGAAGAGAGACGGUGAUCUAUUUAGUAGUUGGUGAUGGCCAUUUCUCUGUAAAAAGAAGCGAAAGUCAGAAAGGCUCCAUUCUGAGCAAGCGUUUAUUUUAAUUAAUUUUAUUUUUGAUUUUAUGAUAUUAGUUUUCUUGUUCUUGAUGAUGACAAUGAAUCUAGGUUUUUCAGAUAUUCAUUGACACGAUUCAUUUCCAUUUUGGAUCCGUCAAGGGUAUAUUAUCUUUCCUGGUGUAUCAUUGCUUAGUUGAUCAGGGAAAGAGAAAGAUCUUCAACGCCAUUGGUCCAUCAUGGCAUUGAAAACAAAUUCGUCUGAUGGCAGAACUAGGAGUUCCGUACAAAUAUUUAUUGUGGCUGGGUUGUGUUGUUUCUUCUAUAUUUUGGGUGCGUGGCAAAGAAGUGGAUUUGGGAAGGGAGAUAGUAUAGCUUUAGAAAUUUCUAAGAGUGGGGCAGAUUGCAAUAUUGUCCCAAAUUUAAAUUUUGAGACCCACCAUGGUGGUGAAGUGGAGACCAUUGAUGAAUCUGAAUCCAAACCAAAAGUUUUUGAGCCAUGUAGUUCGAAAUACACUGAUUAUACACCCUGCCAAGAUCAAAGGCGUGCAAUGACUUUUCCCAGGGAAAGCAUGAAUUAUAGAGAGAGACAUUGUCCUCCUGAGAAUGAAAAGUUACACUGUCUUAUACCGGCACCUAAGGGAUACGUGACACCAUUUCCUUGGCCAAAAAGUCGUGACUAUGUACCAUAUGCAAAUGCUCCAUAUAAGAGUUUGACAGUUGAGAAGGCUAUUCAGAAUUGGAUUCAAUACGAGGGCAAUGUCUUUAGGUUUCCCGGUGGAGGAACACAGUUCCCGCAAGGGGCUGAUAAAUAUAUUGAUCAGCUUGCAUCGGUGAUACCAAUUAAGAACGGGACAGUUAGAACCGCCCUGGACACUGGUUGUGGGGUUGCAAGUUGGGGUGCAUACCUUUGGAGUAGAAAUGUUAUUGCCAUGUCAUUUGCUCCAAGAGAUUCACAUGAAGCUCAGGUCCAAUUUGCUCUUGAAAGGGGUGUGCCUGCUGUUAUUGGUGUUCUUGGUACCAUAAAGACUCCAUAUCCCUCAAGAGCCUUUGACAUGGCUCAUUGUUCUCGAUGUUUGAUUCCAUGGGGAGGAAAUGGUGGAAGAUAUAUGAUGGAAGUGGACCGUGUCCUUAGACCUGGUGGUUAUUGGGUUCUUUCGGGUCCUCCAAUCAAUUGGAAGGUCAAUUACAAAGCAUGGCAGCGUUCCAAGGAUGAUCUUCAGCAAGAACAAGAAAAGAUUGAGGAGAUGGCUAAACUUCUUUGCUGGGAGAAGAUAUCAGAGAAAGGUGAAAUUGCCAUUUGGCAGAAAAAAGUAAAUGGUGAUUCAUGUCGUGGUAGAGAAGAUGAUUCUCGAGUUACUUUUUGCAAAUCUUCUGAUGCAGAUGAUGUCUGGUACAAGAAAAUGGAGACUUGCAUAACUCCAUAUCCUGAUGUUGCUAGUGGAGAACUAAAGCCAUUUCCAGAGAGGCUUUAUGCCACUCCUCCUAGAAUUGCUAGUGGAUCUGUCCCUGGAGUUUCUGUUGAGUCAUACCAAGAGGACAAUGCCAAAUGGAAGAAGCACAUAAAUUCUUAUAAGAAAAUCAACAGACUUAUUGACUCUGGAAGGUAUCGCAACAUUAUGGAUAUGAAUGCUGGGUUUGGGGGAUUCGCUGCAGCACUUCAAUCUCCGAAACUGUGGGUUAUGAAUGUUGUGCCCACUAUGGCUGAGAAAAAUACGCUGGGUGUUAUAUAUGAGCGAGGACUGAUUGGCAUCUAUCAUGACUGGUGUGAAGCCUUCUCCACUUACCCAAGGACAUAUGACCUUGUUCAUGCCAAUGGGGUUUUCAGUCUGUACAAGGACAAAUGUAAUGUUGAGGACAUUCUUCUGGAGAUGGACCGGAUUUUGCGACCAGAAGGUGCAGUCAUAAUCCGUGAUGAAGUAGAUGCGAUAAUCAAGGUGAAGAAGAUUGUUGGAGGAAUGAGGUGGGACACUAAAAUGGUGGAUCAUGAAGAUGGUCCUUUAGUUCCCGAAAAAAUAUUGGUUGCUGUCAAACAGUAUUGGGUUGCUGGUGGAAAUUCAACAGCCACAGAGUAAACGGCAUAUGCAAAAGGAUAAUAUUGUGGAAUGGUUCAAAGCCAGCAAUGCUCGGUGUUUGCACGUUCUGACACGAAUUGAUUUUAUUUCAGCCAAAGCAUUUUUGCU